GUAACCAUGCAUCAUUGCACGUGGAAGGCGUUUUCUUCGGCACAACAGCGUGGUCUGCUUACUGUCUAAGCACUGCGAAGUUGAUCUAAUAAAUAUCCCUCCUGGUCUGCUACCAGAGGGCUUUUGUCUCCUCCUGUGUCCAUCCAAGCCCCGCUUCGCAGUCCCUCGCUGUUAUACAUAUGUAACUACAACAACACCUGAGAAAGCGCUCGAUGUCCAUUCCUUCGCCUACUCUCGCCCGCCGGAUCUGCUACUAGUACCUGUCCUGUCCGCUCGCUCGCUGCAUGCAAAGGCGGAAUCGAAACGUUCUGGUGAGGGUAUUGGGCCUCUCCUCUCUUCUCUUUUGCUCCUAUUUACUGCUCCUACUGCUCCUACUGCUCCUACUGUGGUUGACUAUGAGACUCACACUCAUCCUGAUACAACUCCCGCUUUCUCCCAGUCAAGCCCGACCUUUGUUUGGACACGUAUCUAGCCAACCAGCAACAGCUAUACUACAUAGUUUCGUACUUGGGGUUACACACUACAAUAGUUCCUACGCAAAACGUAGCAGAAAAAAGUCCUCCACUCAAACAUGAGCGCACAAUCUUCGCGCAUUUUGACCCCCGCAGACAGCGGCGGGCCGUCCUCUCCUCCACCUUCGCUUCCCGAGGGCUGGCUUGCGCAGUGGGAAGGUGUCUCGAGAAAAUGGUACUACGUACAGCGCGCAACUGGCAAAUCACAAUGGGAAAUUCCUACCGAACCCUUUGUCCCGACGCCCUCGUCGACCCCCCAAUCUGUGGCCAGCCCUGGGCCCUACCAUCCGCCCCGCGUGGGUAGCAUGCCAGCACAGGAUACUACUGAGGCAACGAGGGAGCUGCUGAAUCUUCGUGGAGCUAACUUAAGACAGUCCGGGGGAAGCUUUCUCACCACACCCUUUGAUAGUUCACAGACUACUCCACAGUCAGGACAAGAUUAUCAACAAAUUCCGUCUGCAGGAACACAAAGCACUCCGGUCGGCGGAGUCUCCAGCCAGCAGCAGCAACAGCAGCAGCAGUCCCGCUCCCCCAGCCAGGGUAUCCUAGGGCAGGUUGCCUCAGAUCUCGCCCACCGCGUCGCCAGCCAGAAUGGGAGCGAAAACACAUCAAACCAGCAGAUGCCGGAACAGAGCCAGGUCCGAUAUUCCCCUGCUGGUCAAGCGAGUCCCUCAUCAAACUUAAACUCUCAACACAUGUCCGGAUCCGCUCAGUUCCAUCAAGGUGAUCAAAUGGACCAAGGAAACGUGCAAAUGCAGGACGUGAGCCCGAAUACUGCCGCAUCUUACCAGACGCAGCAAGAUUCUUCGUCGACCUACCACACGGACGUCGAGAUGCGAAUGCAUCAACCUUACACGACCCACCAAGCCGGUCCUGCCGCAAACAUGGAUAGCCAGUAUCAUUCCCAGCCAGCCAGUGGCCAACCAGCUCCGACCAACAGCUAUGAUGGCCAAGUACAGCAUUCAAAUGAACAGCUCUUAAUUCAGCAAGCCCAGUCUAGCCAUUACGCCUCAAGACCAGUGCAAAACCCUCAGCCGGAAGAAAACCUCAUCACCAUCAUCCACCCAGAUCCAAACGCGCCUCCUUUAUUCCCCACACCCUAUCGAGGCGGCCCACGUCAAUCACAUGGCUCACGAUUGAGCAUGACAACGACACCCCCGAGGAACUAUCCAUCACACCCAGCACCCCACUACAACCCACAUCCCUCCAUGGGCCAGCCGCAGUACAAUCCUCACUAUUCCGGUGGACACCCUGGGGUACCCCCUAACUCCCAUUCCCCGCCGGUAGGCAUGCCCCGCAGCCAACAGCCCCCAUACCCGCCGGAGGGGAUGUAUCACCAGAGCAUGGGCCCUCCUUCCCAAAGCCACAAUAUGUACGGGGCCCACCAAGGCCAGCCGAACUACGCAUACGACGUGAGAGUUAAUCCGCCAUAUAGUCAAAUGCCGCCACAGAACAUGCACGAUGAUCGUGGAAUGCAACGACAGACUAGUCAGGUCAGUGGACAGCCUUGGCAUGGGCAUCCUGGAUCAGCACCCUCUCCUCCAGACAUGCAUGGGGGCCAACGAUAUCCGCCAGCACAUUCUCAGCAACACUACGGAGGUGGCUAUGGCAGGUAGGUUCGGAGGCUAGUGAGUAAACGGGCGAGAACCUCAAAAAAAUGUUUUAUGAUCUACGAACGAAUUUUGCAUUCAUUCGCUAUUUAUAAUGACUUCCCCGUCGAAUGAUAUGCUCCCUUCUUGUAUGGCCUUGAUGACUGGACGAAUUUUUUUCCAUAUUUCUUUCCUCCCCCUAACCCCCACCCCAUUCUCUUUUUCUUUUGGACUUUUUCAAUCUUGGAACUUUGCCUUGCGCAUUUUUUUAGGCUGAUGUAGGCGAACGUAGGGUUGAUUUGUUGGCGGUUAGUUACACUUAAAACUGAAAAGAAUAUACUAAAUAGAUUCUUGGACAGAUGUGCAGAUAGAUUUAAUGAGGAGCUCAAACUGAUUUCAAACAUGUUCCAUGCAGCCAUUUUAACUAGUCCACGAAUCACAUAUCACGUGCCGUAGACCAAGGCAAUCAAAAGGCGGUGAGUCCCGAGUUUCUUAAGCUUUUCAUUAAAA